AUGGAGAGGACACUGGAAACAAGUCCCACAGAGAUGUCCGAGAAGACGCAAGCCCAAGUCAACGAGGUCACGCCUCUAUUCAAGUCCAUUGAGAACGAGGAGUGGGAUAGCGUUGCGACUUUUCUAGAGACUGGAAGUUGGGGGUGGAAAUGGAGUUCACUGUGCGCUCAACUCUAUCAGGUUAGCGAGAAGGCAGCAUCCGCCCAGGUAAGGACCUGGGUAACUUCCGCUAAGAAGGACGGGAACGGCGAGAUCAGUAGCCUUCCGAUCCACGCUGCAGUCACUCGCAACGCUCCACUCAAGGUGAUUCAGAUCUUGCACAAAACCUAUUCUAAAGGAGUCAGAAAUCCGGACUCAGAAGGCAACUAUCCCCUCCACUUGGCCUUUCAAAAAGGCACUCCUCUCGAAACCCUCACCUUCCUCAUGAAAGAAUUCCCAGAAGCCGUACAUUUAAAAAACAAAGAAGAAAAGUUACCGGCGGAGUGUGGACCUGCGCACGGUAUCUCUGAGCUGAUGAAUCUUUGCAUCGGAGCAACCAAGACAAAAAUGGAGAGCGAACUGAACAAAGAGAAAGGAAGUUUAGAAGAAGAUAGGAAGCAGUUGCUGGAGGUGACGAAAGAACUCAUGAACCUGAAGAAAAUGGUUGCUGAACGGGAGCGAAACAUGACCAAGGAUAACUUCCUCUACCAAAAGCAACAUCUUAACAGUGCCAUUUCUCAGCUGACAAAACUGAAGACCGAUCUCGACAAGCACGAAGAGAAUGUCUUGAAGCACCAUCUAGUCGCAGAGAAGAAGCGAAUGGACGGUGUCUUGGGAGAGUUGAACAAGACAAAAGGUGAGCUUGACAAGAUCAAAUCAGAACACCAAGUGCCUACCGCAGCCGGUGAGUCUGCUCAGCCGAAGCCAUCGCCAGUGGCUACCGCGUUAGCAAACCCGCAGCAGAAGAAGAAAAAACCAAAGAAACCAAAGAAGGUUGUUACAAACCGUCAUGCGUACCCAGCAGAAGAUGAUGAAAUGGAAAGGGAAGGUGUCCAAGAAACUACUUCUGACCAGCUGAAAGAAGGUGGAAGCGACCCCUGGAGUGGUCGCGAAGGUUUGAGGAUCGAAACAGAUAAUAUCAACCCAGGCGAGUCGCGGGACGCCAACGACGGAACCUACACUCCAAAGUCCAACGGUAGCCAGUCCCCCAGGAAACUGAAGAACGUUGCAGCGAGAUUCAAGAAGAAGAUGAAUUGGCGCAAAUCUGAGAAGCAGGCGCCGGAGGCUGAAUAG